CAACCUUUCUACGGACCAUAGAAAAGUAAAAUUCCUUCAUAUUCUAGGAAAAAGAAAAAAAAGUCUUUCUCGACGAGAGUUGUAAAGAGAUUUACAUUGUCAGGGGAACCUAUGGGUUAUUAAUACACGGUGUCCGGCAAAGAAUAGAUAACCUUGAAAUGCCUUUUAGUAUAUCCUUUGGCCAUUAACAUUUACCGUCGUUGCCGUCCUUUCAUAUAAAAAAUAGGUAAACGUAGUUUCAUUUCGGACAGACAAUUCGGUUUGUUCGAGUAUCAAGCUCGAGGUGCGUAGCCGGUGGCAAGACUUCUUGACUAAUUAAAGACGUCGAUAAGGUAACUCCUCGACCUCUAGAACGGAACAUAAGAUUGGUAUGCGCGUCACAAGAUGCUUUGACCAACAUCUUGGACAUGGACCCGGAUAUAGCCAACCGUGAGGAAUUCACGGAAUUUAUCGCCGGACGGAAAUUGCCUUAUGGGGCAUUGCCUGUGGCGCACAGGUAUGGUGGUCAUCAGUACGGAUUGUGGGUUGGUCAACUGGGCGAUGGUAGGGCUCAUAUUCUCGGAGAAUAUGUAAACAGACGUGGUGAAAGGUGGCAAGUUCAGUUGAAGGGAUCCGGACAAACUCCCUACGCUCGCGUCCAUGAUGGUCGCGCGGUGCUUCGCUCUGCUAUCAGGGAGAUGAUUGCUAGUGAAGCUUGUUAUUUCCUCGGUAUACCUACUACCAGAGCUGUGGGAUUAGUAGUGAGCGACGAAGCAAUAGUCAGGGACGUGUAUUAUAACGGAUGUCCACGGCGAGAACGAGCAGCUGUCGUGCUGCGCUUGUCUCCGAAUUGGUUCCGCUUCGGCUCCUUAGAGAUUUUGUCGAGAACUGGCGAGAUCGCUGUACUUAGACAACUUUCAGAUUUUAUUAUAAAGGUUUGUCAACGAAGCAUACGAUCAAUUUUUACAGAUCCAUCUGUAAAUAUUAUAUUUAUCAGCUUAAAAUCACCUUCACCGUCUGAUCAAUUUCAGGAGUAUUUUCCUGAUAUUCAACUGUCUGAUGAGAACCGUUUCAUAAGAAUGUUCUCUGAGAUUGCUCAUAAAACUUUGGAUCUGGUUGCAAAAUGGCAAGGUCUGGGUUUUACUCAUGGGCUCCUGAACACGGACAAUAUGAGUCUCAUAGGCUUAACCGUGGAUUUUGGUCCUUUCGGUUUCGUAGACUCUUAUGAUGGAGGUUUCGUUUCCAAUUGUUCUGAUGGAGAAGGGAGAUAUGCACUGGCCAAACAACCUGAUGUGGUGGUAUGGAACAUAGGACAGCUUGCUAAUGCUUUGAAGCCACUUUUGACUUCCUCACAACAAGUUCACAUGUCGCAUAUCUUGAAAACCUUGGACACUUAUUGCAAAAAUAAAAUAUUAGAAACAUUCCUUAUGAAGAUAGGUUUGAAAGAAGAACAAUGGGGUGACGAGCAGUUAGUAGAAAAGCUUUUGGAUAUGAUGCAGCAGACAGGAGCGGAUUUUACAGCCACCUUUAGGCAGCUUGCUGAACUGGAACCAUGUGAAAUGGUAAGCGAAAUCAAGCUUGGGGAGAAAUGGUCGUUGAAGCGUCUUUCAUCUCAUGCUUCAUGGGGUUGCUGGCUAGAUCAGUAUCGUGAGCGACUUGUCAAGGAAGCCGGUGUUUUGCCAGUGAAUAGUCGUGAUUGCGCGGUAACUGCAGUCGAUGCCAGCUCCUCAGGUAUGUUCGAAGACGAAAGGCGCCGGCGUAUGCUCAGCGUGAAUCCUGUGUAUGUGCCAAGAAACUGGCUGCUCCAUGAGGCAAUUGUUGAUGCAGAGCAAGACGAUUAUCGAAAGGUUCGUUUUUUACUGGAAGUUCUUAGAAAUCCAUUUGAAGUGCAGCCCGAGGCAGAAAAGCGAGGAUUUUCAGCUCAACCACCGCAGUGGGCAACUGAACAGAAGCAAAGUUUACUUGGUAAUAUGGUACUAAAAAGUAAUUUUAAGGAGUGGAAGUUCCGUAGCACUCCAAACUACGCGGCUUUGCCAAUAGAUGGGAACCCUGAGUAUAAUGUGCCAACAGCAGUGAAGGAUGCAGUGUUUUCUAAGGUACCAACAGAGCCACUAGCGGGAACAUUACACUUGGUAUGUGCAUCUGAUGAUGCCCUCACAGACUUGUUGGACCUGCACCCCAGUGUAGCGGAGAGUGAAGAGUUCAUUAACUUUGUUGCUGGUGCCUAUCUGCCUGAAGGAGGACUCACUGUAUCACAUAGCAAAGGUGAAUCCUGGCAGCCCCAAUUGAAAGGGUCGGGGGAGACACCAUACUCCCGGUUUGGUGAUGGUCGCGCAGUCUUACGGUCAUCUGUUAGGGAGAUGGUGGCAUCGGAAGCUUGCUACCACCUAGGCAUACCCACCACGAGGGCGGCCGCUUUGGUAGUGAGUGACGAUCACAAAGUGUGGCGUGAUAAAACGUACAGCGGUCGAGCUAAACAAGAGAGGGCCGCUAUCGUGAUGCGACUCGCCAACGCCUGGUAUCGCAUCGGAUCCCUCGAGAUUCUACUCAAGCGAAGAGAACCACAUACAUUGAAGUUGUUGACCGAUUUCAUAAUUAAACAUCAUUUCCCUGAAAUUGAGAAUGCUGAAGGAGACAAGUAUGUGAAUUUUUAUAAGGAAGUGGCUCUUAGGAACCUCGAUAUGGUGGCGACUUGGCAAGGUCUAGGCUUCACCCACGGAGUAUUAAACACAGACAACAUUAGCCUUUUAGGCGUUACUAUAGACUAUGGUCCGUAUGGGUUCAUAGACCAUUACUACCAUCAUUAUGUGCCCAACACUUCCGAUGACAUGGGCCGGUAUGCCUUCAAUAAACAACCUGAGAUUCUUCUAUGGAACUUGGGGAAAUUGGCCGAAGCUAUGGCACCUAUUUUGUCAGCUGAGCAGAAACAAGAGAUAGACAAUAUAGAAGCUACUCUAGAGUACUACGUCAAGACAAAAGUAUUGAAAACAUAUCUUCACAAGUUGGGGCUUGAUGAAAUUAAAGAUGGCGAUAAAAAAUUAGUGCAGGACCUACUUGAAGUUAUGCAGUUAAAAAUGGCUGAUUUUACGGCUACAUUCAGGCAACUUGCUGAGGUAGAACCACAACACUUGUCGGAUAAGACAGUCUUGGAGACCAAAUGGUCUCUCAGCAAGUUGAGCGGUGUUCCUGCUUGGGACAAGUGGGUCGAAUCUUACCAAGAUAGACUGAAGAAAGAGAAUGUAACUGAAGAAGAACGCAGGCGUCGGAUGGUUGCAGUGAACCCUGUGUAUAUACCACGCAACUGGAUCCUAGAGGAAGCCAUCAAAGACGCUGAAAAUAAUGAUUUUGAAAAGGUAUUUUUGUCUAACAAACUGCUGUGUUUUGUCUUUUCUAAUAUCCAUUACAAAAGCCCCUAGCCUCAAACCUUCCCUUUACCAGUUCUCAAUACCCAAAGAACCCACAAAAUUCUGGCAACGAACUUGUAACUCUGUAAGUAUCCCUACUUACAGAGUU